AGUACAGGAGGAAAAGCCGGUCAAGAAGAUGAAUCCGCCAUUGUUGAGAAAUUUCCAGAAAAUCGAAGAGCACUUGUGCAGCUGGAUUGCACACUAACAGAAGAUCUUUCGAUGAAAAUCUGCACGAACACACGAUUGGGAAGCAAACGGGCGACGUUACUGUAUGUGUUGUGUUUUAACUGGAACGAAAACAGGUGAUUUAGCUGAAGCUUUUGUUUCGACAUUCCGCGCACCUGCUUGGCGGCAAAGCUCAACAUGCAAUGCUAUCUACACAUGUGAUCACCCACUGAUCCACGUGCUCAAUAUUACUAACAUUGAAAGCAUUUUGUGAUAUUGCUACGAUUUUAUUCCGACAUAAUCAAUCAUGUUCAUCGAAACGCUUGAGUUUACAAUUCCUGUGGAAUUGUGCAGUAUUUUUUCAAGCCUCCAGAAGGGCCACAGGUCAAACGUUGAGUUUCCUGCAUCAGUGAACUCUUAUGGCACAACGCAAGAUGCCAAUUUGCAGGUUGUGUUACGCUCAAACAAACUAACGUUCAAAGUGGACGGUGUGUCGUCAAAUGCAAGCAUGAUAUCAAAGAGUGAAUGUAAGACUUUAAAACUCUCGGUGUUUGAUGUGGACAGAACAUUAAUGCCUCAAGAAAAUGACAGUUACGAUUCUAAUAAUAUGUCCGCAGUGCAGCAUUCAACACCUGUGUCAUUUCCAUCCAAAAGACAUCAUGAAAUCUCAGUGUCACAGCCACCUGCUAAAAAUCGUAGGACUUCUUUUUCUGAUUCAUCAAGACCCAGAUCUCCACUUCAUCGUCGCUCACAACCUCAAUCCAGUCCACGUCCAUCUAUUAACACACAAUCAAAAUCCAAAAAUGACUCUCUGGUGAAUGUGAAACAAGAACCAGAAGAUCCAGAUUUAAUAGAAAUAGAACCAGACCAUGAUCCUGAUGAUCUUGUGCCAAAGAAGGAGACUCCAUACAUGCAAAUAGAUUAUUCAUCCGAUGUACCUCAUACGCAAACGUCCCAAGCAGCUCUAGAUCGACUCUCUCAUCCACAAUCAUCACAUUCUCAAUCACCCGGUUCUUCAUCAUCGUCCUUCCAUCAAAACGUUCCACAUGUGCCAGAUUACGCCGAACCCAGUACUAGUCAAGUUCAUCAUGGUGACCAAAGUGCAGAUGACUUUUUAGUGUUUCAAGAACAAGACGAAGAUUGUGAUGACAACGAUGCUGAUUAUGGAAAUGAUGGCUUCUCUGUGGUGGCAAAUGCUCCAAAGACAGAGCUUGGUGAAGGAGGAUUUGAUAGUCAAACCAUUGGAUCUGCUGUUUAUGUAGCUGACAACAUAAGGAUGAAUGUCACGCCCCAAGGAGACCCUUAUGUUAAUUCACCCCAGGGCCUUUCCAAUAUGAAAGGGGAACUGUUUAGGAAGCGAUGGUUUUGUCCCGAUUGUGGGCGAGUGUUUCUUGAGAAAAAGACAAUGAUGGUCCAUAUAGAUGCUAUCCAUAACAAUGUGACUCUGCCUUGUGUGUGUGGGAAGACGUACAAGUACCCAUUUGCCCUCAGGAGACAUAAGAAAACAUGUCGACUGAGUUUACAGAUAUUGGAGGACAGAGUAUAAGCCCGACAGAGUAUUCAGUAGGUCUGCUCAGAGAGAGAAUCUGGAAGCCGGGUGGAUUUCUUGGACAUUCGUCAUCUCCUGUUGUUGGUGAAGGCCUUGCUAUGCGUGUUAAUCCGUUUGAUAGUUCAUCAUCUCCUGUUGUCCCGGACGGCCUUGCUUUGCGUAAUGCCUUUGAUGGUUCUUUCCUUGGCAAGGAUGGCGAUUUGUCGAGUCAAGUGAAGGCGAUCCGAAAUUCAACUUGUGACGAAUGUGGCAAGAUUUUUUGCCGAUUCCAAAUCCAAAUCCAACCACAAACGGGCAGUGCAUGAUAAGCGACCAUUUUCUUGUGUCUGUGGCAAGGAGUAUAAAUACAUGACAGGGCUGAGGAUGCAUAAGAAGAAAUGUGCUUGUGCUAAGAUGAUGAGAGAGGAUAAUGACUGAGCACCUCUCAGAGUGCGAAUAAUCACAUAUUCUUGAUGAUAUUGCUUCUUUGGAAAUGGCAGCAAUCUGGUUGUCUUGGGUUUAGAUGGAUUGACGCUUACUUCUUUUGGGGACAAACUUUGGAAAUUCUUUGUGUUCAUCAAGUCCUUUGGAAUUCCUCAGUAUAUUUCUUGACAUUAUUACAAAUAUUUUAGUUUUCAGUAAAUGCUCUGAAACUGAAUGGACAAUUUCGUGGGCUAGUUUUUGAAGCUACUUCUGAUGUCACGUCUGGAGAGCUGUAUUUAAUUCUUAGAACAAGGACAGCAAGCAUAUAUGCCAUGUGUAUUUGGAUGGAUGAUCAGUACUUGGUUGUAUAUGUCCUGGAGGGAGUUACUGAGGACAUCUGUGUUGUUGGAUGAAUAUAUUCGAGAGAUGAAGAGAUCACAUACAUUUUAUGCAAGGUCAAAGACUCAAGACUUAGGUGAUAUUUUCCGUACAACAUCUAAAGUUAUGAAAUGCUGAGUACUGUUUAUUCUGGAUGUGUGCAAAGAUGACUUGCUCUUCAGUGACAUUUAUAAUGAAUGAUAAGAAGAGGGAGUAAAGUGACAUAUAUUGGAGUCUGAAGGCACCUCACUUUGGUGUCCAAAGUUUUGGAGUUUGAAGGCACCUCAUUAUAAUGUCCAAUGUAUUGAGGCCUGAAGGAACCUUACAAUGAUGUCCAAUAUAUCAAGGUCUGAAGGUACUGCACUGUGAUGUGCGAUAAGUUCUGAAAAAUAAGAUGUCCUUUGUUCAAGAGAGUUGACGGUGACAGCUGUAUCUCAUGUCCAUUGUGUAAGAUUGUUUGUCCUGUUGCAUCCUGAACUCCAGCAUGAUACCUAUUGCAAUCUCCUUUGAAGGAACUAGAGACUCUUCUUCCUGUG